AUGGACACUAGCACAAAUACUAACCUCACCGCAUCCACAGAAUUCACCGAAACGAAUUCACCUCCCCAAAAUGCCAAUGCCUCUUCCAAAUCGACCGCAAUUGCAUCUCUCAAGCCAACCGCAGUGCUAGGAGUCACCACAAAGAAGAUAAAUCUACCAAUAUCAAAGCCAGUCUUAAAACUCGAUGACGACGAUUUCACAGAAGUGAAUCAGACCGAAAAGAAAAAUGAGGAGGAGAAACCAGUAAAAAGUACAGACAAUAGUAUUCAAUGUGAGAGUGGAUUAGGGGUAUCUUCUUCCGCAGCAAUAACGACAACAAUCAUAUCAACGGUACAGAGCUCUUCAGAGUUACCAACAUCUUCAUCAAUUUCUUACAAUGUCCCCACUACCGCAACGUCCACACCUCAUGUUGCAGCUUAUUCCUCGACUUCUUCCUCCACUGGACAAUCACCAAAUGCCCAGGUCGGGUCAAAUAAAAGAAAAUUUAUCAAAUAUUCAGAUACUUACAAACCAGGAAUGGUCCGCGUCGGCUCUAAAUGGGUCUAUCCGGAAGACGAGAUUACAGAUGGUGGGACAUGGGAACAUAAAAAGCGUGCUGAGGAAAUGAAAAGGACUGCUGAACAAGCAGCAAUAUUGACCCAACAAGCUGAAGUAAAACGAGCACAUCACAUAGCAGAUUUCCUUCCCAAAGAAGAACUCGAAAAAUUCGAGCAAAAGGUUAAAGCCGUUAAAUCUGGCACUCCCGAUCCUUUACACGAAGAUUAUGCACAAAAUAAAUUGGAUCAGAAUAAUAUCGGAUUUAAGAUGCUAAUGAAACAAGGAUGGCAGGCUGGGACGGGUUUGGGGAAAACAGGAGAUGGUGUUGUCGCGCCUGUUAACAAGGCUGAUUCUCGACCACAAGGCGCAGGUCUUGGUCAAGAGAAGCCAGAUGGUGUUGCUGAAGAAGACGAUGAAUUUGAGAUUUAUCAAGGGAAGAGAGAGGACGAAGAAGAGCUUUCUGUUGUUUGGGAUGGUUGUUUUUAUUCACGUCGAGGUAGUUGCGGGACAGUUUACGAUAUAUAUAUGGACUGUGUAUAUACUAUUACAUUGUAA